AUGAAGGCCGUCAUUGUGUUCAUGCUGUGUCUCCUGGCCAUGGUUGUGCAAGCUAAGAGUGAAGUCGAUAUUCCCUCUUGUGCUGUUCCUUGUUUAAAUGCCGCCGCAAACAAGGCUGGCUGCGACUCUUCCGACUACGCGUGCAUCUGUAAGGAUGUUGACAAUAUUAAGAAAUCUGCCACGAAAUGCGUUGUUGGCGAUUGUGGUUUCAGCGUUGCACUGAUGGCAGCCCGGACACUUAUUGAGCUCCCGACCAAUGCGAUUGUAUAG